GUGAAAAAGUGUGGUUCGAAAAUAGGCCUAAGAUUAGGAGCUCAAUCUUCAGUUUGGCUUCUGAUUGACCAAGAUAUUUGAGGAGGAUUCUACAAUUCAUCCCUUUGUCAAGAGAAAAUGAAAAAUACAGAGCAAUUGCAAGAUUAUUCCUCAACUGGAAGUACUUUUACCACGACAACAUCUUCAAAUCAGUCACUAGCUUCAAUAUUAGAAAAUAGAGCUUGUCAACAACAUUUAGAAAAACACCUGGGAAAAGUUUCAGUUUUAGAAAACAGAGUUUAUCUCCAACAGCUAGUAGAAAGUCACCAAGAAAAAGACAUUUCAAAUGUUUAUGAAGAGGAUAGUGUCACAGUACACACCAGUGAAAAAAAGCAGGUAUCUCACAUAGAUUAUAAUAUAUCCAGUAGCAGGAAAGGUGUAUUUUAUUCAGCAAAUGAACAGGGAAGAAGACAAUUCAAUACUGACAGAGUGGUUGUGGAUUUUGACCAUUAUUCAAAACUUAGACAACAUGCGGCCACACUCUGGAAGGAAAAUGUUAUGACAGACAUUACUGUUUAUAUAGGAACAAAGGCUUACCCAGCUCACAAAGUUGUUUUAACAAGUUACUCACCAUUCUUUAGAGGACACAUUAUGGCAAAGGGAUUAGAAAAAAUAAAUAAGAUUCAGAUUAUAGGGAUAAAACCAGCAUCAUUUGAGGUUCUUUUACGAUUCAUGUACACCGGAGAAUUUAAGCCAGGGAUUCAUCUUAUUGGAGAUAUAUAUCGUGCUUCCCUUAAACUGAAGAUUUGGGAAGUGUCUCGAAAAUGUGCAAAGCUACUCAAGGGAGAAGAAGGUGGACCAUCCAGUAUUUUGUAUGUUUAUGCAACUUCCAAAAUGUUAGGGUUAACCCAGGCAGCAGCUCAUGCUUAUCAAACAAUUCUUAAAGAAUUUGAAGACAUUAUUGUUACUCCAGAAUUUUUGGACUUAGAAGCAAGUCAACUCUGUGAGAUUUUGAGUGCAGAUGCAAUAGGAACGCGGAGUGAGAUUGUCAUAUAUUUAGCUGCAUUAAAAUGGCUAGAUCAUGACUUUUUAAAGAGAGAAGAAUACAUGCCUGAAGUUAUGAAAUGCAUACGAUUUUCUACAAUGACGUUGGAAGAAGUCCUUGCUUGCUACCACCCUCCUAUUUUGCCUGGUAUCACACAGUAUCCUGUUGUUAGAGAUUUACUAUUAAAAGCAACCUGUUAUUUAGCAGCAAAAUCAACGAAACAGAAUAAAAAUUUUGAAGAAUAUUCUUCUAAACCUCGAUUGUUUCUUGCAAAAACAAAGCAUAGGUUAGGAUGGUAUGGUUUUGACUGGGAUAUAUUACGUGUACACAAUGAUGCAGCUAUCAGAAUACAGAGUUCCUAUCGAGGGUAUACGGUACGAAAGGAGUUUUUAAGAAGAAAAAAAGCUGCAAUUACAAUUCAAGCUCAAGUUCGUGGAUAUCAUGCUCGAACAAGUUAUAAUUUAAUUAAAUCUAAGCCUCAGCUGUCAUACAAUAUAAAAGGCGGCACUAUUUGUCUUGAUGAUCCUUGUCUACAAACCUUGAUCCACUGUUCUGAUUGUACUCAUAUCAGCCGUCAGUUAGAUGUUCGUCUCGCACUUUUACCCAAGUGUGAAGAUUCUGUUCAAGAAACUAAUACUCCUGUCUUGCUUGUAUUAGGAGGAAUAAACCCUAACAGCUUAAGUAGAACAAGCACAGGUGAUAGCAUGUUACGAUAUUUGCCAACAGAGGACAAGUGGGAGCAUUGUGGUUAUUUACCAGAACCUCGACAUCAUCAUAUGGCUGUUUUUCUCAAUAGAUGUGUGUAUGUGAUAGGUGGCUAUGAUCCAAGAAUAACAAAAAAUGGAAAACUAGUAGCAAGCAAAUCCUGUUUCAGAUACAAUCUGGAAAGUCAAAAAUGGCAAAAGAUAUCUGACAUGAAAUAUGCUCGGGUGUAUCAUGGAGCUGCUGCGUUAGCAGGAUUUAUUUAUGUAGUUGGAGGAAAAGAUGAAAAAGGAAGGCUAAUUUCUUCUGUGGAAUUGUUCAACCCAGGUCUUAAUGCAUGGGAAGAGUUAGAUGUAUGUCUCUGUUGUCCACGAAUGGCUAUGGGAAUAGCAGUACAUAAAGAUCAGCUGUGGAUUUCUGGUGGAAUUAUUCAGCCAUUUGGAGGCAGAUAUAUUUUUGCUGUCUCUAAUGUUGAUCGAUUUGUCCCUAAACUAAAUAA